UCCCCAUUGGACCUAACCUCUACCUCAACCCCACAACUCCAAUCAUCCCCACCUGCCCCUUCACUUCCCCAUCUAACACCUACUGGCUCCGCACACAUGGUCUCUAUUUCCACCAAAACUCCAACUGUUCGCACCGCUAUCGCCGUCGGCACAGUCUCCUUCUCAAAUCCCACUCCACUCUCCCUCAUCCGUACCAACUCCCUCAAAAAGGGUGACGUCCUCUCCGUCGCGCGAAUCGCAGGCAUCAUGGCCGCGAAAAUGUGUCCGGAGAUCAUUCCACUCUGCCAUCCUAUAACUCUGUCACACGUCGGCGUUGAGUUGUUCCUCCGUGACCCGGACGUGAAUGCAGAUAUUGGGGGGGAAAUGAAGGCGAAUUUGGCGCACUGGGGUGAAGUGGGGAUCGAGGCGAAGGUGGAGUGUACAGGAGCGACAGGCGUGGAGAUGGAGGCGUUGACGGCAGUUAUGGGGGCGGGACUAACAGUUGUGGAUAUGUGUAAGGCAGUGGAUAAGGGGAUGAGGAUUGAGGGCGUUAGGGUUGUGGUGAAGGAGGGAGGGAGGAGUGGGGCGUGGAGGGAG